GGCGGCCCACUUCAAUGCUUCUCUGCUCAGAGGCUUUGGGAAGUCUAGCUUUGAGUUUUCCCCUUUUGGGGGCUCCUCUUUACAUGUCUGCUUGUUCCAUCUGUAAUAAAUGUCACUGGUUAGUUAAUGGGGGGAAAUUCAGAUCACCUUUCCCUCCCUGGCCCUAUGGCUGGAAUUAGCUGGGCGUCUUGUGAAUCUUGUGAAGUGGGAGCUUCCUCUCCGCAGGUCCUUGCGGGACCCAGGGCAGUGCAGUCCCAGAGAACGUUGUUGGAGAGCAGAACCAUACUUCCCACUGUGGUGGGAGCAGCACAAAACCCGUUUCUUCUUCUGGGUUUUCUAGUGUCUUUUGCAAAGCUAAUCACUGAGUCUGCAGCUCCCUGCUAGUUAUUGUUCACCAGCUUAAUUAGCUCACUGGCCAACUAAUUGUUUCAGAAAGGUUCUUCUGCCCCAUCACUCAAAUAGCAGUUAUGACCCUGUAGCCAUUGUUUAUGGGGAACUUUUCAUACUAUUUAGCUCUUUUACCAUUCUGGCUGUUCUCCACCCCACCAUCCGUGUUUAUUCUCUGUCCUGGCCCUGGCUUUAUUUAUAAUAGUGUGGGCAAGGCACCUUCCUCUCCCUCCACCCCCUAGUAGCUUCUCUGUUAUUGGUUGUUUUCUAAAGUAAAAAUCCCUUUCAAGGAGAGCGUGCAUGUAGGUUCACAUUUGCACCUGGGGUACACUUUUCUCUAAGCUGUAAUGGAAACAAGCCUACCUGGGUACUUUUGUUCAUCAAAAGCAAAGAGCCAAUGACUACUGGAGUGAAUUCAAACUUUUCUCCCAUGCAGUUCUCUUCCCAGCAUUCCUUCAAAAUUUUCAAAGUGAUUCAACUCUGUCUUCUUAGAGACAAAGCAGUCAGUCCUGUUGGUACUUGGCCACGUUCUUGUUUCCUUGCCAAACCAAAGAGAUCCUACCAGUUCCUCUAGGAAACUUCUGGCGUGGUUUUUGGUCACUGUUACUGCUUUGCCUUCAGCUGUUCCUUCCUAGAGCCUGCCUGGCCCAGCACCUUGCUCCCUCUUUGAGAGUGUUUCUUUGUAGCAAGGCUCCCUCCCUUCCUGAUCCCCAAAGCCUUUGAAGUAAACAGCUCUUUUUUGGUUACAUUCGCUCUGUUAGUGAACUAAGGCUUCCCCUGUGUGAGCUCUGCUGGGCCAGUCGACUCAGCAGCAAGUGGAAGGCACAGGGGUUUCAUGCUGUUUCACAAUGAUGUCUCUUUUUACAGGAGUUAUUCAGCGCUGCACAGCUGUGAAGUACCACUACACCUCCAGCUCUCUGCCUCGCAACUUGCCCAUCAACAUCACAAACACCAUACGGCAGGAUGAGUGGCACGCACUCCAUCUGCGGAGGAUGACAGCUGGCUUCAUUGGCAUGGCAGUCUCCAUCAUCCUGUUUGGGUGGAUCAUUGGUGUGCUGGGCUGCUGCAAACAGCAGGAGCUCAUGCAGUACGUGGCUGGGCUGCUCUUCCUAAUGGGAGGUACAUGCUGUAUCAUCUCACUCUGCACAUGCGUCGCUGGGAUCAAUUUUGAGUUGUCUCGCUACCCUCGCUACGUCUAUGGGCUGCCAGAGGACAUCAGUCAUGGCUAUGGCUGGUCCAUGUUCUGUGCCUGGGGAGGCCUGGGCCUCACCCUCCUGGCUGGCUUCCUCUGCACCUUGGCUCCCUCCCUCAACACGUCCCGGGCGUCUGUACAAAAACCCAGACAAGAAAAUGGGGCUGUGUGACCUCAGAGGGAGCAAGGAGAGACUCUGGGAAGCGCAGCCUGGGCAGAGCUGGGGGUUAACACCAGGAAGAGGUGGCAUGUCAGCGCGGGGAGAGCAGUGCCAGAGCUGUGGGAAUACUAGCCCCGGGGAUGCUGCUCCAGCCUCCAGCCGCGGACACAGACAUUGCAAGUAACUCCAGGUUUGAAUUAUUGGUGAUUUGCUCAUUGAUGGUUUAAGGGGGACAGUUCUUUUGAUUUGUUUUUCUUCUGUUUACAAAGGGAUUAAGUCCAAGGCUGUGUCUUUUUUUGUGCUGUUUUUUGAACUGUACCUCCAUGGUCCUGUUAUUGUCCAGUUGUAAGGGAUGUUUACGCACCAACUCUAUUGCUGCAGGUCUGUGUAAUUCAGACCCAAAUUAGGACAAGGAGCUACGUGAAGUUGGCUUGAACACUUUUGCAACAGGCAUUGUCUAGCAUUGGCUCAGGCCAUCAUUUCCCUAAAGAACCUUGAUCUAAGCCGAGGUUUAGGCCAAAGAAUUAGCCCAUUCUUAGUAUUAAUUAAUUUAAAUCAGAAAUCUGUGCUAUUCCAUGCUGUGGUAUCAGCUAUUUACUCACUACUAAAGCUGUUUCCAAAAGGAGCUGGCUGUAACUGAGCAGCAAGACUCUAAAAAAACCUCUUGCUGGCUUUAGGAAAGGAGGGGAAAGUUUUCCUCAGCUUCUUACACAGGUAAGGCUACUCAUCUGGCUAACAGAGCCUUGUUUUAACGGAGAGAUGUAUGCAACAUGCAGCUUCUAACUAUUCCACUAGAGGCCAGGGUGUAUUUCUGAAAGCAUGUCAUUUGAGCUGCUGGGAUCAACCUUCACCCCUCAACUAACUUGUGGGUGCAACUCCUGUUCUGUGAAAGGAGAUGAGUAAUUCUCCCCGAGCUCAAAGAGCAGUACUGCUAAAAUAGCAGCAGAUGUACAGCCCCCUCUAAUAUUAAUGUCCAAAGGAACCGCAGUGUAUUUUCCUCAGGAACGCGUGGCUUCUGCUCACUUCACCACUCACCCCCUCCUAAUGUCAAAACGCCCCCUGAGCACAGCGUGUCCAUAACACGCACGCUCCGCUGGAACAAGCUCCCGCUCCAAAACGAGCAGUAAGGGCCUUGGAACCAGUGCAAGUACUAAGGCUAACUCAGGAACAUCAGCCAAAGUACUCUGGGGUGCAUUUUUCUUUUGUUCAUCUAUUCUUUCUUCCCUCACAUCCCCGCCCCUCUCCCAAGCGUCCAAAAACUGCACAGGUAAAGAUGAGAUGGCCAGCAUUUGGAGAUGUUUACAUUGUAUUUAAAAUACAAUACAGUGGCAUGUAAGAUACUUAAUGCUAAAGUCAGUGUAUUUAUGAAAAGUGUAAUUUUUAAAUGGAAGUUGUAAUUCUCAACUGGCAUUAAAAGUACUGAAAGACUUG